AUGGAUUGUUUUUCUUAUGAGAUGGCUGAUCAAUGCGAAGCCAAUAAUGGAACUUACUAUCUACGUAACUGUUAUAACUCAAGCUACGCUGAGGAAAAUAAUAUUACCGAAUUGGCAUUACAUGCCAUUAAGCGUCCUCCAGCAGAAGAGUACUUUAACAAUUAUGUACUGGGACUCUCAGCAGGUAUCGAAGAAACGGGCAAUAUAAAAAUCUCAUUGGCCGCUUGUUUGUUUUGCGCUUGGGCUAUAGUAUUUCUCUGCCUCUGCAAAGGCGUGCAAUCGUCCGGCAAAGUUGUGUACUUCACAGCUUUAUUUCCUUAUGUAGUGCUCGUUAUAUUAUUUUUUAGAGGUGUUACGCUACCAGGUGCAGGUACUGGCAUAUUAUUUUACUUGACGCCUGAUUGGAAACAAUUGGCAAAUGCACAGGUUUGGGGAGAUGCAGCUGUCCAAAUUUUUUUCGCAUUGAGUCCCGCCUGGGGAGGUUUAAUUACUUUGUCAUCCUAUAAUAAGUUUUCUAAUAACUGCUAUAAAGACUCACUUAUUGUUGCUUUUUGCAAUAUAGCAACAUCAUUCUUUGCCGGUUUGGUCAUAUUUUCAAUAAUAGGUUUUUUAGCUCAUGAAUUGGAGGUAGAAGUGAAGAAGGUUGUUGAUCAAGGCGCGGGUUUGGCUUUUAUUGUAUACCCAGAGGUAGUAACUAGACUGCCUGUGUCACCAGUAUGGUCAGUGCUUUUUUUUGUGAUGUUAUUAACGCUUGGUUUAGAUUCACAGUUUGCAUUGAUGGAAACAGUAACUACUGCCAUUUUGGAUAAAUUCCCAAACUUACGACAAUAUAAAACAUGGGUUGUGCUUUUCGUUGGAAUAUUUGGUUAUGUAGGUGGUUUAGGAUUUACUACAAAUAGCGGCAUGUAUUGGCUGCAGUUAAUGGACAAAUAUGCUGCCAAUUGGUCAGUGCUGUUGAUUGCGAUUUCUGAGUGCGUCCUUAUAGCUUGGAUUUAUGGCUCGCAACGAUUUUUAAAUGAUAUACAGGGUAUGAUUGGUAAACGCUCAAAGUUUUGGAAUUUUUUUUGGUCGACAAUGUGGAGGUUUAUAACUCCAGCAACAUUAUUGUUCAUAUUAUUCUUUAACUGGGUAGAAUAUAAGCCCGCUUCUUAUGGUCACUAUGUUUAUCCACUUUGGGCUGAUGCGGUCGGAUGGAUAGUUGGCUUAUUACCAGUAUUUGUUAUAUUUCUAGUAGCAUUUCAGCAGAUCUAUAAAGCGCCUAAACACUUAAAGUUCCGUGAGAGAUUGAAGUAUUUGCUUCGUCCAACUGCAGAAUGGGGGCCAGCAGGCAGACCUUGCGUUAAUUUACAUGCUGAACGAUAUCAAAGUCAAAACUACGACGAUGUUGCAAACACCGAUAUACUUAUCGCUGGGCUACCCGAUGUAUCACCCUAUGAUGAAAAUGGCGGCAAUAGCUACCGUAAUGAGGCGAUGCAACUCUGAGAGC